AGUGGCGUCUGCCAAUGCGCAGCUAAACGGUGGAUCUUUUUUCCUCGCUGCGAGACCGAGGAAGGAAAAAUUCAUAAUAGGAAAAUGGGGGGAGGGGGGGGGGGGCAACAACAUUGAUAAACAUUUUCUCAGUGUUUCAAUUACUAUGCUGUUCCGAAACAAAGCGCUGCAUUUAUCCAUCCCCAGCAUGCUUGUCGAAGAGUUAACUGGGUUGAUUCCGAUAUUUUUACGACUGCUAUUCUAAAUAUAAUUAUCUUCGUUUUUGUUUAAAUUGGCACAAUUCGUAUCGUACGUAUAUCAUCUCGCCAUCACCAUGUCUAUCUGAUAGAAGAAUUAGCUGCAUUUUUUCUUCUUAUUAUUAUAUUUUUGGGUGCAACAUCUUCCCGUUACAUGUUGUGCAGGAGCCUUUGCAGAAGGGAAAAAUCAGAAUGGAUAUUCGGUGGGGAAAGGAUGCUUGUUUUUAUGCUCGUUUUCGUUGUUUUAUCCGAUCCGAUUUAUAAUGCGAACACGCUGGAUUGCGAUUCGGAUCUCGGCGGUGUUCAGAGGUGGGACAGUGUGGGGCAUAAUCUCAAUAUUUCAACCAGAAAAUGUGUUCCAAGGAAAAAAAGGGAAAAAAACACCAUGAUCUGAUAGCCAGGAUGCCAUUCGGGGACCAACAAAAGAGAGAAAUUUGAAUUACGUUUAAUUCCAUUUUGUCUUUAUUUUCCACUCUAUCGUUUCGGAUUACGCGUAUGGAAUCGACACCUAGGGACGGCUAUGUGGAUUUACUGAUGCUGUUGUGUCUUCUCUUUUCAUAAAUGUCAUUUUACAUGAUCUUUUCUUCUCUUUCGCCCUCUCGCUCCCGCUCUCGCUGUCUCCUGCUUUUGACAGAAUACCGAAUUUUCGUUGCAUACCCUGGACUUAAAAAACAACAUUUGCAGUGGAGCCAGGGCUCUUAAAUAUUAAUACGAGGAUUGAUUGUAUUAUUUGUUUAAUUGGUUGAUCGCUUUUACAAACGUCUCCAGUGUUUUCUUGUGUCGGCAUCCAUUGAACGCCGAAAGAAAGACCCUCGGCCCCUACACGGGCAGAGAAAUCUUUCAUCCGCAUUGCUUAAUAUACACAUGCCAUCACCAGAGGGAAUAAUACCUACCAAACGGAUUUUUUCUCAAGCCUAUUAUACUUUUUAUCUUUGACUGUUUAUUGGCCGAGUGUUUUAAUCGGAAGUCAUGUUUCUCUUUUGUUAAUAAUUAGUUUCGAUAUCAUAGCGAAUCCUCCCAUUCCGAUUCCAUAAUAAUAAUAAUAAUAAUCUACGUUGGGUUCAUAAAUCCUGCAUCCGGAAUGUUGCGUUGACCUCAUCCCUGUAGCUGAUAUAUUUAAGUUCACUCACUACAGCUGGAUAUGCUUAUGUAGUCAACGAUGUUUAAGUAUCGGAUCCGCAUGUUUUUCAAUGAAUUGAAAGUACUGGUUUUAAUGCGGUCCAGUUCGAGACGGGCCGACUCAGACACAGACGCAGACAGGCGGACAAGCAUGCGAGGGCUCGGGGUGGGCAGCUGUGGAUGGCCUGCCUUUGACUGCUCUUCCCGGGACGAUGAAGAGGAGUACUAUGGGACGGACCCCCGGCCGCGGAGUCUGGCUUUUGAGGAGAAGGACGCCAAGGUGCAAGCUGGCCUGGACGCGGUAUCGCUCACGAGCAGCAUGGAGAGUGGCAUGCGCUCGCCGCAAUGCCGAAUCUGCUUCCAGGGACCCGAGCAGGGGGAGCUGUUGAGCCCAUGCCGCUGCGACGGAUCAGUGCGCUGCACUCACCAGCCCUGCCUGAUUCGCUGGAUCAGCGAGCGUGGGUCCUGGAGCUGUGAGCUAUGCUACUUCAAAUACCAAGUGCUGGCUAUCAGCACCAAGAACCCCCUGCAGUGGCAGGCGAUCUCGCUGACGGUGAUCGAGAAGGUGCAGAUCGCUGCCAUCAUCCUGGGCUCCCUCUUCCUCAUUGCCAGCAUCUCCUGGCUCGUCUGGUCAUCCCUCAGCCCCUCAGCCAAGUGGCAGCGGCAGGACCUGCUGUUCCAGAUCUGCUAUGGCAUGUACGGCUUCAUGGACAUCGUCUGCAUAGGUCUUAUAAUCCACGAGGGCUCGUCAGUCUACCGGAUCUUCAAGCGCUGGCAGGCUGUCAAUCAGCAGUGGAAAGUACUGAACUAUGAAAAGGCCAAGGACAUGGGGGAUCCGAUCAGCUCAGGUGGCAAGGGUGGGGGGCGGGGCUCGCGGGCCAACCCCCACAGCGCGUCCAGUGGUGAGCGGGGUGGGAGGCGGGGCCAGCGCGUUAGGACUAUUCUGAACCACCACUGUGGCUACACCAUCCUGCACAUUCUGAGCCAGCUGCGGCCCAGUGACCACCACAUCGGCUCCACGGCCAACCGUGAGGUCGUCAUGAGGGUCACCACCGUAUGAGGCCCAGGGGCUGCG